CAAUUGCCAUGGCAUGAUGGCUCAGACUCGCGAUUUUUUGGAAGACUCCCCAUGUUGCUGCUUCCUGUACUGAAACACCGAAUUCCGUCUCCGCAGUCUGCAACCAAGCUUCACACCCCGGCUCCAUACAGGGAAAGGUCUACAAGUGUACCCCUUUAACCUUCGAACGCUAACAAUCCUCGGUCAGUGACCAGACAGUCCUGUCAACCACAGCCGUUGUCCUUGUGGCGAGGGCCGCUCUGAUUUGAGGAACGCAGCACACGAUUUCCGUAGGGGAGGUGGUGCUUGCUGGACAAGAAGCGAAAGGAACAGUAAUGUGUACAAAUCUAGUGUACUAUUAUAGCUAGUUGUUUUUUUUAAAUAUACCUUACUCGUUAGAUAUCUAAAAUAGUCAAAUGCACCUGACCUGAUGGUGACGUGCAUGUGUGAUUGUCCUUACAAACAUCUAUCUGUCAUGCUCGCAAAGUAACUAGCUGGCUAAGCCACUAACAGCCAGCAACAUUUACCCCUGUUGCUGUUUUAGAACAACUUUGAAUUAUCAGUUCCUUGUACUGAUUUGCUUCGGAAAGUCGUCCAGGGCACUGUAAAAUAUUUCGAUAUGGCUCCGAAGAGAAGACCCGUUCCUCUAAAUAUCACGCCCAUUGGAGAGGGGCAGUCCAUCUCCACAACCAUUGAUGCUGCGUCUGAAGCCAAUCUGGAGGCCUUACAAAAGAAGCUAGGAGAGCUAGAUUUGGACGAACAGCAGAGGAAACGUCUGGAGGCUUUCCUCACCCAGAAAGCCCAAGUGGGCGAGCUGAAAGAUGAUGAUUUCCACCCCAUAUGUGAGCUGGGCGCUGGCAACGGUGGAGUGGUCAACAAGGUCCGCCACAAACCCUCCAGACUGGUCAUGGCCCGAAAGCUCAUCCACCUGGAGAUUAAGCCUGCCAUCAGGAACCAGAUCAUCAGAGAGCUGCAGGUGCUGCAUGAGUGCAACUCUCCCUACAUCGUGGGCUUCUACGGGGCCUUCUACAGCGACGGAGAGAUCAGUAUCUGCAUGGAGCACAUGGAUGGAGGCUCUCUGGAUCAGGUGCUGAAGGAAGCCAGGAGAAUCCCUGAGGAGAUCUUGGGCAAAGUCAGCAUAGCAGUACUCCGAGGACUUGCCUAUCUGCGUGAGAAGCACCAGAUCAUGCACAGAGACGUCAAGCCCUCCAACAUCCUGGUGAACUCGCGCGGGGAGAUCAAGCUGUGUGACUUUGGCGUGAGUGGCCAACUCAUCGACUCCAUGGCCAACUCCUUCGUGGGAACGCGCUCCUACAUGUCGCCGGAGAGACUGCAGGGCACACACUACUCUGUGCAGUCGGACGUGUGGAGCAUGGGCCUGUCCCUGGUGGAGCUGGCCAUCGGCCGCUACCCCAUCCCCCCGCCUGAUGCCAAGGAGCUGGAGGCCAUCUUUGGCCGGCCCGUACAGGACGGAGCCGAGGGGGAACCACACACCAUCUCCAACCGCCUCCCCAGACCACCAGGAGGGCGACCAGUCAGCGGACAUGGGAUGGACAGUCGACCAGCCAUGGCGAUAUUUGAGCUGCUGGACUACAUUGUCAAUGAGCCUCCUCCCAGGCUGCCACUUGGUGUCUUCACCAACGAUUUCAACGAGUUUGUGACUAAAUGUCUGAUCAAGAAUCCAGCAGAGCGAGCUGACCUGAAGAUGCUGAUGAACCACACGUUUAUCAAACGUGCUGAGGUGGAGGAGGUGGACUUUGCUGGCUGGAUGUGUAAAACCAUGGGUCUCAACCAACCCAGCACCCCCACCCGUGGCACUGAAUGAGAAACCCAACGCCAGCUGCUUCCCACAUGAGGAUCCCCAGUGCCUCACUGUCUCUCUCUCUCUCACACACACACACUUUGGCACCCCUUUCGUCUUGCUCUUAAGAGGUUUCAGCUCUUAAGUAUACUUAUCAUCAACAGGGCCCAUUUACCCAUUGUAUGACCACAGGUUUCCCAUACCAGUGUCGUGGUAGAGUCACACACAUGCUAUUUUCUCCUAUCAUAUUAAAGAUGAGGUACAAAGCAUGGAAGGACUGCCAGUUUAUCAUUUCAUGAAUUGCCAUUGAUAUCAUCUUACCACUUGUAUUGGUAAAUUAUGUUCAUGGUAUACCAUGGUAUACUAAUGUUUUGGAUAUCAUGCCUGAUCAAAGUACUUAGUUUUGUACAUUCAUGACCAGUACAUUUUUGAGAGAGGAGUACUUUCAAUGUUGACAUUUUUAUUUGAUUUUAAUGGUCAUUAAACACUGUAAAAUGAACAUCAAAUGUGCUCAUUUUACAAAAUGGAAUGAUUUACGAUCUUAUAUUUUCCAGACACCCGGGGUCAUUAUUUUGUUUUAACUUGUAUUUGUAUCAACUGCCUGAAACUCAUUUGUCAAGUUAGAAUCUCUCAAACCGUGACUACAGAUGCUCUGAAAGGUUCCGAUUUUUGCCAGUCUACUCAAUUUAUUCCCCAGAGUGUUUUUCGGUUCUGCUCCACUGUUUUGCUUUGCGUGAGUAAGUGUAACCUACACUCCAAGCGUUCUCUUUGUGAAGCCCCGGUGUGGUGACUGGCUUUGUGCAGGUGGGUGGGUGGUGGUUGUAACAUGUAUUAAUUAGCCUGUCGUCUAUAAGAGCCCAUGUACUGUAUGUAUUCUCUGCUUCUGGCUGAUUUUAUCAUUCUCAAAGUGGAUGCAUUGUCGCCUGUAUGUGUAUAAAGCUAUAUAAACAGUACGCAAGUACAAUUUAGCAGUCUUAAGAAAAAAAAUGUUUUUGACUCGUAUAGGGGGAAGUGGAAGAGAUGUCAUUUUAUUUUAAAAUGUGUUGGAUACGGUUGUAAUGUAAAAAUAAAACUUUGGAUGUAUAUGGCAA